CGCUCUGCUUCCUGCCUGGCGGAGGGAGGGACGGUGCUGACGGCUGGGAGGACGAGUCAAACGACAAGAAAGCCUUUGAAAAAAGCUAGAAAAGAAGGCAAAGGGCCCGGGGUACCAUCUUCCGUCGGCGUUACAACUUUAGCUCGACCAGCUCAGCGACCCAAUUUAAUGCAAUGUCGUCCAGUCGUCAGCAUAGCGAGAGCAGGGCCAUUCCGACCAGGACGGUGCUGAUCGACGAUUCAACGCAGCUACCUCACGAUUAUUGCACCACUCCUGGAGGCACUUUAUUUUCAACUACCCCGGGCGGCACCCGGAUCAUCUAUGACCGUAAAUUCCUGUUAGACCGGCGUAAUUCCCCGAUAGCCCAGACUCCACCAGCACACCUGCCUGUCAUUCCCGGAGUGACGAGCCGAAAUAUCCUGAAUGAGAACAAGAAGAACGAAGCUAAUAACAUCAAUAACCAUGAUGGCAAACCAGGAACAGGUGAAGAUGCUCAGUUUGAGAUGGACAUCUAAAGAAGAGGAACCAACGUGAUGAGCAAAUAAUAACCUGGCGUCCAUGUGCCAGUGGCUUGGCUUGUAGAAACCAAUGUUGUGAGCCCUCUCCUUUAGCUCUCUCUAGCUGUUGGUUGCUAAAUAAUCAUGGGGAUAGUCGACUCAUGUUGGCCCAGUGGGCUGCUGGAGCCCUGAAACUUAACAAAUGAUGUUUGGUUAGAUUUCAGGGCUACCAUCAGCCGUACAUGCCACACAGCAAGGGAAAUGUCUGUAUUUAAGUGCUAAAAUGUAACAAAUUGAUGUAAACAGACUCACUUGUAAAACAGCCACCAAGAGAUUUCUUCAUGGUAAUUUAGUGCCGUUUUCACAGUAAGUUAAACGAUCCAAAAUGCCAACUUGGUGUCCUCUAGACAUCUACUCAUCAGUG